UCCGGUCGUGUCAGAUGGGACUCCAAAUAAUGAACAAAAGCCAUGUGGGAAUUUAUCUGUUGACGUCCAAAUUACCCUAUCAUCGGACCUUUACGCCCAAACAUGCCGUUCUUUCGUCGACAUUAUCCCAAGAAAAUCCUUGUCCUUUUAUCUUGCCUUAGCUUUUUUUCUUGCAGUGCAAGUGCCAUUUCUCAUAAGUUUCCAUCUUCAAAUCCCAGCCAGCUGCAACUCUGACAUAAAAGUCAUAAAACUUUUAAAGAUUACUCUCAACAACUCCCCCUCUUGUGGCACAUUUGAAGCUUCUCAGGAGACAAGCAAGCUUGGGGUUGUAUUGUUAAGAUGAAUACCGCAACUAGUACCUUUGUCGUUAGAUGGAUCAACUUUCUCACUAUGCUAUUAGCUGUUUCUGUAAUAGGAUUUGGUGUGUGGAUGAGCACUCACCAUGACAGCUGCCGAAAGUCCCUUACCCUCCCUGUUAUAGGCCUUGGUGCAAUAAUUCUUGUAAUAUCAAUAAUUGGAUUUUUGGGGGCGCUGAAGAACAACUCAAUCUUAUUGUGGAUUUAUCUGAUCUUGCUUUGCCUCAUUUUGGUGGGAAUAUUGGUCUUUACAGUCUUUGCGUUCAUUGUGACAAAUAGUGGAUCUGGUCAUCAAGUGUCUGGUUUGAGGUACAAGGAAUAUCAACUUCAAGAUUGCAGUUCCUGGUUUUUGAAAGAGCUCAAUAAUACACACAACUGGGAACGCUUGAAGAGUUGUCUUGUGAAAUCUGAUGACUGCAAUAACUUGGCAGGAGAAUACAAGACCCUGAAACAAUACAAAUCAGCGAGACUCACCCCAAUAGAAGCUGGUUGCUGUCGUCCACCAUCUGAGUGUGGAUAUCCUGCUGUAAAUGCCUCAUACUAUGACUUGAGCUUUCGACCAAUCAGUUCAAACAAGGACUGCAAACUUUACAAAAACUCAAGGGGCGUCAAAUGCUACAAUUGUGAUUCUUGCAAAGCCGGAGUUGCACAAUACAUGAAGAUAGAAUGGAGGGCAGUUGCUAUCUUUAAUGUAUUUCUUUUCGUUGUCCUGUCAACAAUCUACUUUGUAGGAUGCUGUGCAAGACGAAAUGCUGCAAAGAGUCCUGAGAAAGUGUGAAAGAAAUGCUCCAAACGUCGUGAGCGUGGAACUGCCAUUCCCAACCGGAAACUGUCCUCGAGAAGGAAAUCCAUUCAUGCCUUCAAUUCACAAUCCCUGGCUUGUAAAUGAGAGGAUCCUAGACGAACAGAGUGAGACAGUAGUAGGAACAUGUACAGAAUGCUGACUUUGAAGUUUAGGGGUGAAGAUAAUGGAAGAAACAUUCACCAAUUUGUAAAGUUGCUUUCUCAGAUUACAAGAUGGUUUUUUUAUGGGACUGACUUUUGAUGCUUCGCGUGUCCA